CCAUGAGGGGAACACGGGGAAUUUAAGAAACGAAGACAUUGUAUUGUAGAAUUGCGUGCUCUUUAAACCUUUAGAACUAAAGUUAUUUGUGUUGCAGCUGUUGCUCGCGUUGCAUCAGGUUAAAGUGGAACUAAUAGCAGCGAGCACAAGAGGCAAAAGCUAUAGUCUGCUCAUCAUGAUUUGUUGUUAAAUCCUGUCUCGCGCAUGCAUGAACAUGCACACGGACACAUAAACGUCAAGACGCUGUGGAGUUUGUAUGAAAGCUGUGCUAUGUUUCAGAUCGUCUCAGCAUCCUCUCCAACACCCAACAGGCUGAGAUCAACGCUCGCGACGUGGCCUCUAACAAGCUGCGCUAUUUCCCUCGUUAAUGUCACGUUUAAAACACACCCAGGCUUUUAGUUUGUGUCCUCACUACGCAAAUGAUCAGAAAAGCUGCUCUGCAGACGCGAUGUUAGGACUGCGGAUCUUCCUUAAGCGUUUGAUUUAACACAUAUCUGUGCGAUAUUCGCGAUAUUCCAGGCGCUGGGUGAGUCGGUGAGACGAGGGGUCUUAGAGACUGCUUCAAGGUAAUUUUGGGAAAGAUUCGAGCCAUCCGGAUUUUUAGUGGGGAUACAUCCUUUGGAGAAUGAUGUGGGGUGGAAGAGGAGCAGCUUGGCUUUGGAUUUGGGCCUGUUUACUGGUGUCCAGCGUUCUGGCUGGGAAAAGCUCCAGUCAAAGCGCAGAUGAGCAGAAAGACAACACCACAGUUUUCACCAGGAUUCUGGACAGCCUCCUCGAUGGCUACGACAACCGUCUCAGGCCUGGGCUCGGAGAGCGUGUAACCGAAGUCAAGACUGACAUUUUCGUGACGAGUAUUGGGCCGGUCUCGGACCAUGACAUGGAGUACACCAUCGAUGUGUUCUUCAGGCAGAGCUGGAAGGACGAGAGGCUGAAGUUUAAAGGUCCCAUGGCAGUGCUCCGUCUCAACAAUCUCAUGGCCAGCAAAAUCUGGACGCCCGACACGUUUUUCCACAACGGAAAGAAGUCAGUCGCCCAUAACAUGACCAUGCCUAACAAACUUCUGCGGAUCAAAGAGGAAGGAACGCUGCUGUACACCAUGAGGCUUACAGUCAGAGCUGAAUGUCCAAUGCACUUGGAGGACUUCCCGAUGGACGCCCAUGCUUGCCCUCUCAAAUACGGCAGCUACGCCUACACGAGGGCUGAGGUGGUGUACGUUUGGACGCGAGGGGCGGCGCAGUCUGUGGUCGUGGCUGACGAUGGCUCCCGUCUCAACCAGUAUGACUUGAUGGGACAGACGGUCGACUCGGGUGUGGUGCAGUCCAGCACUGGAGAGUAUGUUGUGAUGACCACACAUUUCCACCUCAAGAGGAAGAUCGGUUACUUUGUCAUCCAGACAUAUUUGCCGUGCAUCAUGACCGUGAUCCUGUCCCAGGUGUCCUUCUGGCUCAACAGGGAAUCUGUCCCCGCCAGAACUGUGUUUGGAGUGACCACUGUCCUCACCAUGACCACCCUGAGUAUCAGCGCCAGAAACUCUCUGCCCAAGGUGGCCUACGCCACAGCCAUGGACUGGUUCAUCGCCGUCUGCUACGCCUUUGUCUUCUCGGCUCUGAUUGAGUUUGCCACUGUAAACUACUUCACCAAGAGGGGGUACGCCUGGGACGGGAAAAGUGUGGUGCCCGAGAAGCAAAAGAAGAAGAAGGAGUCAUUGCUGAAAAAGAACAACACCUACACGGCUGCGACGGCGACGACGUUUGCUCCGAACAUUGCCAGAGACCCUGGUUUGGCAACUAUUGCUAAAAGUGCCCCCCCUCCACCAACCGAGCCCAAGGAAGAGCCGAAACCCAAAGCCCCCGAGGCCAAGAAGACCUUCAACAGCGUGAGCAAGAUCGACAGGAUCGCCAGAAUAGCUUUCCCGCUGCUCUUCGGAACCUUUAACUUGGUGUAUUGGGCAACUUACUUGAAUAAAAAACCCAAAAUACAGGGCGCCCUGCAGCCACACUAAUUCUAUCUCCCCAGUUUUUCUCUUUUCUUUCUUUCUUAUGUUUCUAAACGAUAACAACAAAAAAAUUGAAACAAAACAAUUUGUCUCAAAUAUGUUUCAUUAGUAGUCAAGCUCCCACGUUCAAGUUUGUGUCAGCAUAUGUAACACACUGUAUAUACCUAUGAUAACCCGAGGGACUGGAUUAUGUACAAACCACUGCACUGGAAGGAACUCAUACUUACUAUAUAUAUACAAUCCGACAGUAUAUCAGACCUGAGAAAUGCUAUUCUGCAAAUGCACAUAGAAUUAUAGUUUAAUACUCCCCUGCUUAAGGAAUAGUAAACCCCCCCAAAAAAGAAGCAAUGAUUCUGUCAUUACAUACUCUCCCUCAUGUUGUUCCAGUGCUGUAUGCUCUUGUAGAACACAAAAGGAGACACUUUGCUCUUCUCGUUUCGAUGGCAGUUUAGCAGCUAUGUCACAUCUGGCAGGACCCAAACCAACUACAAAAGUUUCCACGCACUUUAUUCCACAUCUUCUGAAGUCCUGCUCCUCAUAUGAAUCUACCACAUAAACCUAUAGAUGAUGUAUGCAGUAUUUUUAUGCCGCUUUUUACAUUUAUUUUUGUCCUUUUUGGACAUAUGUGCUGACUGUGUUGUUGUAUGCGGAAACAUUUUGAAGAAUGUUCAACUCUUGUGUUCUAGAAGAAAAAGAAAACACACACAAACAGCCAACAGAUUUAAAACAACAUGAGGGUGAAAUUAUAUAUAUAUAUAUAUAUAUAUAUAAUGGGUUGAACUAUUCUUUUAAAAAAAAUAAAAUGUAAAAUGUUUUUGCAUUACAUUAGCAAUGUACAUGGAAUAAGUUUGCAUGAUGAAGCUUUCUGUACCCAGUUAACAGCUUGAUUUCCUCUGUUUUUUCUCUUUAGCCUGUGUUCUGGAUCUUCUGUUAUUUGACCUUAAAUUCUACUAGGGUUCCAUUAACAGCAAUAAAACAUGUCUCAGUGAGAAAAAAAAAAAAAAAACAUUUACACAUGGAUAUAAAAAGUGUAGAGAAAAGAUUUAUGUGUAUAUCAUAAAGCAUACUAUUUAUUUUGUUUCCAUGUAAAUAUUUUGAAAUCUUAGAGAUGUCGAUAUUCAUUUUGAGCUUUGCUAAAUAUAACUACAAGGUACAAACUCAGUGCUUGACAGAGAGAGAGAGAGCGUUAUGUUUCGAUUCAUGCAGAUCAUUGAGGAUAUUCGGGAAUAGAAAUGUUUUAUUUGAUUUAUUUAUUUGUAGUCAAGUUUUGAUUUAACUUUUGAUGAUUAAGCAUGUGCCGAUACAUAUAAAUGAAAACCAUUUAAAAGAGAGACUAAAGUAGAUGCUUAGAAAGAUUGUAUUGGUGUCAGAUUACAAUUUUAUAUUAAGCAUUAAAAUAUUCUUUAUUCUGGUCGAUGCUUUUUGAAAGAGAAAUUGUGGCGCUCACAGGAUAUAAAAAUGAUGGCACUAGAGUUAUCACUUUAAAGUGGACGAGUCCGAGCGGAUCAAGAGCAGUGCCUUGUAUAUAUUUGUGAGUUAAGAGACUACUUUAUUAGAAGGUGUUCUCCUUGUUUGUUUGAAUUAGAUAUGGGCAACCUUUCUAAAACAUCAGUGAAGAACGUAUCAGCCACACUGCCUUCGUCUCACAGCCCAUAGUGAACAUAUAUUCCAUUCCAGACGUCUUUGUCUCUGCUCGUUAAUGAAAACUAAAAGAAGACAUGUCUAGCGAUUAGCCAUGUAUUUGAAUACACUGUUCUACAUAUACAGUAAAUAUGUCUUGUAGUGCUAUUACAAUGCCAAUUUUUUUAUGUUUGUGGCAUGUCAGUUGCUCCUCAAGCACCUGUCGAACAGAAACCAAACUUAUAAAGACUAUCCUCUCUAUUUUUGGACUGAGAGAAAAAAGAAAAGAAAAGAAGUUCUCUUAAAUGAGGAACUUUUACACGUGAUCAUACUUUACUUUGAUGUAGCAAUAUAGAUUAGUAAGGGCUUUAUUGUGAUCGAAGUGAUAAAAGGCACACCAUUAUGAUCAGUUUGAGUUGCUCUUCUUGGUUUGUUUAUAAGAAGCUCUUAUAAGUUUGCAGUACUCCUGUUUCAUCAAUUUGCUACUUUCCUUGUUUUGAAAAGCUUUUUCAAAAGAAUGAAUACACAAAAUUUUGAAAUGGACGCUUUUUGGGGUAUGCCACUGGAUCAGGAUAUUUUGGUCACAUUAUCUGGAUUACAUGAUGUGGAUAAAUGUCAUGUUCCUCCUCUUUAUUUUAGAGCUUUUUGAAUAUUUUGGAGUUUGCAGAGUUUGUGCCAGAUUACUCUGGGAUAUGUGUGGAAACAGUAUGCAAAUGCACAGUCAUAGAUUUCUCUGGAGCCAGACUUUUGUGGAUGUGGUGAAAGUUAUGAGUUCAGUCUGUGUGUGUGUCUAUAUUUAUGUACACACACACACACACACACACACACACACAUUGUCCAUGAUGAUACCUGUUCUAAAGAUGUGACCUUUUAUUUGUACCAACCUCUUGUUAUGCAUUUUGCACAUUAUAGGCAUAAUUGAUAGUUAUGUAGUCAGCUUUGUGCUAUGCAAGGAUAGCUUUGAACCAUAUUAAUUAGCUUCACACUUCUCCUUACUGUCGUUUCCAAUAUAUAUUGUAAAACGUCAUUUACAAACUGUGCACCCUAUUUAGUUGUGGGACUGUUUGUCUCUCUGAAAGCAUGUAGAGUUGUGUGGUUCAGAUCUGAAAUCAUCUAUUUUAAAGACAGGGUAAUGGCAAAGGCAAUAAAAAAAGAUGGAUUUAAAAGAAUAUUUCAGUUAGUGUGUUAUAUUAUUUACACAACAAAUAAUAUAUACAGUAUAUUUAGAUUUGUGUUGCAUCUCAUAAUAUAUUUUUGAUGACCUGUGUUAUGGAUUAGGAAAUUGUACUUUUAUUUCAUUUGUUUUAUGGGGGAUUAUAGCAUUUCGUUUGCAUACCAGAUUGUGAAUGUGGUUUAAUUUUUGAUUUUGCAAUGUACUGAAGAAAUCCAACACAUACUGUAAUAAAAAAAAAAAAACUGCAUUUGUGCUUGACAGAAGUUGAAGAAACUACUAACUCAAAGGAUGAACGUGUGCAUAAAUGGUUAUAGACGCAAACAGCAAUGUGCACAAGUCCAGAGACAAAUUGCAUUGAUUUAUUCUGUACUGUACACUGGGAAAUCGUCUUUGUAAAGGUUUGCUUUCUUAAUUAAAUGUUAUGGCCCUGUAGAAUUUGAUUAUCUUCAUUAGUCAUACAAUAAAAGAAAAAAGAAAUCAA